UUCUGUAUGGCUGCUGAUGUCUGUUAAGAUUGGUGCGAGAAACUCCGAAAAACAAUGUUAAUUAAGGCUCUUUGUAAUUUUGCAUCUCCAAAUUUUUGUACUUUUGUACCUCCAAAUCUUUGAGAUAAUGGCUUACUGUAGUAUCCAGACGAAAGUUUACAGUGGCGACUUAGCUUCGUCUUCCAGCUUUUCGCGGUCUUUGGCAGCAGCGCCUGGAACUCUUGGCCUUCAUUCAAUUUCAAAUGCAAGCCGCCGUGUAUGCUGUGACGCUCCAAAACGCCGGCGUUUCCAAGUGUUAGCUCUCGCUGUGAAGCGGAGCCCCAAGCGUCUCAAAUACGCCACUCCUCGCUUCACCAAGGAGGAUGAGCUGCUUUACAUUGAAGUUGAUCCAUCACUAUCAGGAGCGGACAGCUGGAAAUUGGAACCAGUUGUUCAUCUUUUGAAACAGGGCGGUGUUGGUGUUAUUCCUACUGACACUGUGUAUGCAAUAGUUUGUGAUCUCAGAAACCACUCAGCCAUUGAACGCCUUCGUAGAAUCAAGAACGUUGAUCCUCAAAAGCCCCUUAGCAUCUUAUGCCACUCCUUCCACGACAUUGAUACGUUUACAACAGGGUUCCCUCGUGGCGAUGGCCAAGGUCAUGCAAAUUUAUUCCGCGCUGUUAAGCAUUGCUUACCUGGCCCUUAUACUUUCAUCUUAACUGCAACCAAAGAACUGCCUAAACAUUGUAUAAGGUACGGGACGGCAGAAGCCAAAUACACUUUAAGGAAAAAUGUCGGUGUUCGUAUGCCUGAUGAACCCAUAUGUCAAGCAAUACUGGAGAAGAUGGGUUCACCAUUGAUAUCCACAAGUGUCAAGUGCCCGAAGGAGAAUGAGUGGUUGUUAGAUCCUGUCGUUAUAGCUGAUAUAUAUGGACCUGAGGGCCUUGAUUUUGUCGUUGAUGGCGGGGUAAGAGUGGCUGAUCCAUCAACCGUAGUUGACAUGACAGUGAUCCCUCCCAAACUCAUACGACAAGGAAAGGGACCUAAAUUACACUGGAUGGUUGCAGAAGAUUAGUACAACGAUAAAUCAAUCAUCUUGAUAAAUCCUGUGGAGAACCACGUUGAAUGUCGCACUGGUUUUUGUAGCUGUCCUGUCCUGUAUCUUCUGUAUAGCCUUGUAAAGAAGUGGUUGAGUAGAAAAUUGAACAGUAGAGUGUGUGAAACCCAAAAGGAGAGCAAACAGUGCUUCCAUGU